CUGAGGUGAAAGAAGGAAGAAGCUAGCGCACAUUUUCAGGGCGUAUUGAUUUGUGGUGAUUUUAUACUACGUCUUGCAAAUCGCCAGUACAUGUUCUGGCACAAGCAGUGAAUCUGGAACUGCCAAGUUUCUGGCCAACCCAAGCCUUGUUGGCUCAAUGACUGGACCAACGCUCGGCUUGGAAGGGUAACUCAAAACUGAAGUGUUGCUGCGCAACACGGAGAAGAUAAUAAGUCAGUUUUGUGAUGGCUGGGAGGGAUAUAUCCACCCAAUAUGCCUCGCCAGACCGUAGUAAUGAUUGGGAACAUCAGGUACCAGCCUCGACCAGAGACGAUGAUAAACGUUCCGCUUCACCUGGUGUAUCACAGGCCCGGCAGCAUGCACGGUGUAAUUGGGAAGCAAUUGGAUACGAGAAAGCGUAUGGUAUGUUGGAAGUAUUUACUAGCAACAUCCUCUCCGCAGAAGGUGACUGCAAAUCAAAGCGACGCGCUAGAUCAGUCAACUCUUUCGUGUACCCGUCAGCCACAACAUCGUUUUCUGGAGAUUUGAAAGAUGGUACGGUGGAUACGAAAGAAAGCGAAACUGAAGAAAGGCGUAGUGCUUGCGAAGGUGCUGUGAUGCGUGCGGCCAAUGGUGAUACAUCUGAAGCCAAGUUGACUGAAGCAGCACAGACGAGAUAUGAUGCAGUGAAGGAAGAGCUGGAUAGUUGUUACAACUGUGAUAUGGUAAAAGCCCGGGAUUGUCUGAAGGGCUUAUUCCAACAUCAUGAUCAAGGCCAAGUAGGCCAUGACGGUGGCAGACCGUUAUCUGAAACAUAUGGCUGUGUUUCUUGUCAUAGCCCAGUUCAGCUGGACCACAGUCAAGAUGCUACACACAUGAUUGAUGCUGGCUUUGUGCCUAUGCGUGGAUUUGUCAAGACGGAAGUCUUUAAGCAACCGGAGCAAGAUGUCCAGCAGGCAUUAUUCACCCGUGCAACGGCAUCCACCUCCAGGAAACAAAUUGUAGCUGCCGCUAUUAAUCUGAAAUCACUCAAGCCUGGUCCACUGUCCAAGUUACCACCUGUUAUGCUGAAGUCAUCAUCCGCAACAGAGGAAGAAGAAAUUCGACUGAUGCAGUUAUUGAGAGAGAGGCGAGCAUUGCCUGUGACACUACUACCCAGGAGCAGAGAUGCACCACUUGCUCCAAAGAAUGUGAAGAGAUCACGUCAAGCCGAGCGUUUGGAACGGCAAGCCUGGUUUGCACUAAAACCAGCUGAGUUGCUGUUUGAGAAUACUUUAAAGGGCCAAUCCUAUCAGAAAUCAUUUCAAGUCAUCAACAAGAGUGGUGUGCAGAGAGUUGUCAACUGUCAAGUAUCGGACUUUCAGUCAAACAGUAGCCGUCAGCAGUUUUCACUGGUCAAAUGCAGGUAUCCUGGCGGGGCUGCUCGGGGAGCUGGUGGCGACAAUGUUUGUGUCACUGGUGAUACUGUGACUCAAGUCAGCACUAUUGGUCGUGACACCAUGGCUCUUGGCCAUGCUAGUGGUGACAUUGGGUCUUGUAAAGCUGAUAGUACCAGUACUGGUAGUGCCAAUACUGCUGGUGCUUGUACUGGUGACUGUGAUAUUGCUACCUCACUUGCUCCUGGCAUGGCUCUGACGUGUACUGUUGAGUACCAUUGUGAUGGCAAUUAUCCAGCUGCAUCUUCCGUACGGGUGCGCACUCAUAACCCAGAGCAAGACUUGAUGGUGGAACUGAAAGCACAACCUCCUCAGCUAAAUAUCAAAUGGUUAUCUGCCAGAGCUGCUGGUCAAGAGAGUUCUGGUGCGACUGGAGCUGUUACAGGCAGUAUCCACUGUGGACAAGAUGAUAGUGUUGAGUUGGAUUGUGGAUAUGCACUGGUCGGUACCUCUAUCAGCCGUAUAUUCACAUGUAGGAAUGACGGUAUUGCCGGCCAGUUCUCUAUUACUCCCCACGCAGAUAACACCCUAUCCGCCAGUGAUGAAGUCUCUCAUGAUGGUCUUGCCGUGGGAAAUUUUGUUCUGGUACCGGAUGUGUUCUCCCUGGACCAUGGAGAGGAGCAAGAUAUUACAGUGAAGUACACUGCAGAGUCACUGACAAAUUCCAAUGAAUGGAUCACAUUCUCUUUCAAUGAUUCUCAGCACAGGUCUAUCCUUUUAUCAGGUGCUUCAGAGCUAGCUGCCGUACAAAUCAGUGGUGAAGAUGUGCAGGAGAUUGUCACAAGUGCAGAUAAUUGCUGCAAGCAUUACAAUGUCUCCCUGCCUAAUGCGACCCGCAACGUGUCUGCUGAGAUGACACUAAAUCUGGAGAAUGUCAGCCAUAUGGACAUUGGAUAUGAAUGGCAAGUAGAGUUACCACAGCAUGCUGCCGUUGCUACUGAAUGCAAGAACGAUACUGCCAGUGGCAACAGAGGCAAGAGAGCAGAAAAGGCACCAAGUUCACGUCUUCCUCUGCCUGCCUGGCUGCCCAGAGAAGCAUGCCGUUUCACCGCGCUACCAACCGAAAGUGUAUUGUUGUCUUGCAGCGUCUCACAGUUCUCUAUCUCUCACAAGUCACAUGAGAUUGGCCUCUUCACUGCUGAUGCACAUCUGCUUGCCAUGCCAUUAUCCGGGACUUGUCCGUCAGACUUGCUCGGAAAGGAUCAGGUGGCACAACGUCAAUGCUUAGCAGUCUUGCACAUCACUGCGCAAGUCGAUGUAUCUACAGUUCAAUUCUACCCAUCAGUUGCUAUGUUUCCACCAGUGCUGGUUGGUAAACCUGCCAGUAUGAACAUACAGUGUGUUAAUACCAGCCCAAAUAAGGUCUCUCUGCAGUGGAUGGGUAUUGAGGACACAGAUCUGGUGGAUGAUGUAUCCAUCACACCAUCUAGUCAUGCUAGUCUUGCACCAGGUGACAGUGUGUCAUGUUGUUUGACCAUUGCCGCUAAGAGCUCAAUACCAUUGCAGAGCAACUUGUUGUGUCGACUACUACCCGAUGGAGCCAUUGUAAAGCUGCCUAUCCUGUUGUCUGAUGUGAAGGGGCCGGAAGUAACCAUGAAGAGCACUCAUCUAGAUUUUGGUGUGGUACGGCAAGGAGUGAAUGCUUCUCUUAUGCUACAAGUUAGCAACAUUUCUGAUGCUUCAGCUCACAUCACUCUCAAGGAUGUCAGUGAACACUCCCUGUUGAGAUUUCUACCAUCACCUGAUCUGAAACUGGAACCUAAAGGAUCGCGUACAGUGGUCGUCCAUCUCAUUGGCAAAGAAGUGAAAACAGUUGAUACUGUUGUAAAGUGUCAUGUUCGGAAUGGAGCCACAACGUGCUUGUCAGUGACUGGAUGUGUAGAACGUAUUCAAGCUAGUCUUGAAUCGGAUACACUAGAGCUAGCAAAUGAUGACUUCUUCGUAUACACACCUACAAGCGUCACUACCAAGCUGUGUAACCAUUCGAGGUUACCAGCAGCAUUCGUUUGGCAGCCAAUAUUUGGUUGUAGUUCCAAGCACUGUGAAGUGUCCAUCAAACCUGAGUCCGGUGUCUUGGAGUCACUAGAAGAAAUAGAGAUGUCCUUCACGGUCACUACUGCUAAAUCGGGUGCUUUGGAGGAGUUGCUAGUGUGGUGUGAAGUGCAGGGGAUGGACAAUGCAAUUAUUGCUCGAAUCACUGGAAAUGCUCAAGGUCCUGAAGUAUCCUGCCAGGAUUCUAUCAUUCACUUUGCCGAGGAGUGCAAACUUGGUAACAGCGUGGAGACUACGAUCUUCUUGCACAACCCUAGCCCUGUAUCAGUGUUGCUAGCUUGUUCAUUUGAAGAGUUCCCUGCAGUCAGUAGCAGCAAUGAAAUGACAACUGUCAGCACACUGUCUCUUGAUGAUGGUGCAACAGGCAGGACGGUCAACAUGAGUGGUAUGACCACUGGCAGUGCGGAUGCUGGUAGAUACAGGAGAAGUGCUCUACGUGCUCGUGAAUUAACGGGACAAUUACCAUCAGAAGUUGGUUUGUUGCCGAAGAUGAAGUUUGAGAAUCUUCCUUACAAUCAGUCCUAUGCACUGAAAGCUAGGGAAUUUGAAUUGUCCGCCGCUCUGAAAGGAGAGCAUGGAGCUGCGUUUACUUGUUUUCCAGCAGUAGUUGACUUGAAGGCAAAGUCAACAGCUGCUCUUAGAGUGCGUGCUUAUGCUGAUAUGUGGGGUGUUUACAAGGAUCAUCUUCUGGGUCAGGCAGAGAAUAUGAAGGAUUUGCGCAUCCCCAUUCACUUGGUUGCCACUGGCAGUCCACUGGCUUUCACGACAUCAUCGUUGAUGAAGGAAAAUUCCCAUCAUGGUCUCAUCAACUUCGGCGCGUUAUCUCCGUAUGUACAGGGUGCUGUUGAGCGUUCAGUAGAGAUACGAAACACAAGUUCAUCUGAUAUUCGCGUGGACUGGGAACUGAGGAGAGUGAGAAAUGAUUUUGGUCAACGACGGCACACUGCUAGUGACAUGGCAGGCUUCACUCAAGGCAAACCGGAAGGUGGCGAAGGUGCCGGCCAAAAUGUUACUGCUGAUGGUGUGUUAGCCAUGGCACAAGAGCCUUCACAGAACCAGCAGCAGCAGCAGCAGCAGCAGCAGCAGGAAAGUCAAGGUGAUGAGUGGCAAAUUUCAACAUUGACCGAGGAAGGAUCAUCCGGAACAGUAGCAUGGACAGAGGUCGCCAGUAAUGAAGAAAAAGGCUUGAAGCGGUUUCUUGACUUUGAAGUCAUUGCUGGUGACCCCUUCCCGAUACUGGAGGCUGGCACUGAGCGCAUGCAGGAGAGAGACUACUAUGGCUGUGAAGAGCUUGUGCACAGUUCUACACCAGUCAUCCAGUAUCCAGAGGAGUGUAGCUUGCUCUACUGUCAACAUAACUAUGAAGAUAUGUAUCUAUCUACCACUGACUGUGCUGCUCCGCGAUUACACAGUGCAGCUGCUGCAUCGACAUCUACAGCUGCUUCUGACAAACACCAGCUGAAGUGCUGUGAAAAUUCAGCUCAUCCUCAAAGUGUUGCCUACAUCAAAGUGCGUGUGUCGUACAGUCAAGGUGAAUCACCGGCAAAGCUAUUCUCGAUUUCACCGACACAGAUGCUGAUUCCAGCACAUGGCCGUAGAACUGUCCAUGUGAGCGCAUCACCAUCACAUCUAUCCCCUGCUGAUAGAUCAAGUUCUCAAGCCCUUAUUGCUGAGGGGUAUUUGAGUUUGGAUCAUUGCCACUCAACCAAGUUCCAGCAAAGCACUAUCUAUCGUCCUCAAGGAUACGCUGCAGAACCCAUGAAACUUCUCCUUGCGGCCAGCAUUGAACAGGAGAGACUGAGUAUAGAAAAAUUGACUAACACAGAGUGGAUUGCAUCUCCUGCGGAGUUUAUCACUCGCCGUGGAUGCAACAACCAGUAUGAUCCUCAGUGGACUCGUCAUUCAUUCAUUUUGCAAAACACAACGAGUGCAGCGAUGAAAGCAGAACUUACUAUUGGUCCACCUUUUCAACUGAUGACAUCUUCGUCAUCGUCAUCAGUAUCCCCAUCAGUAGGUACUUCAGCCGCUAACAUGAUGUCUAAGGGUGCGUGCAACUCAGAAUCUCUCCGGAAACCUACUUCAUUGGAGGUUGUCUUCAAGCCACGUUCCGUUGUGACGGUAAGCAUUGGGUUUGAGCUGAGGUAUGACUGGCUGCAAGAAUUCCUCAAUGACGGACAUUCUGAUGUUGGAGAUGGGCACAAUCAGCAAGGUGCCGUCAAGAAAAAGAAAGCAGCAGCAGCAGCAUCACCAACCAGCGUGCACACUAGACUAAAUAAACAGGUCAUCAAAUACCGUAGCAGGCUAAGGAUCAAGUAUGAAAAGAACAAGGCACCGUCGCAGGUAUGUUUUAACAAGGCACCGUCGCAGGAUUUUCCAUUGACUGUGACCGUCCCACUUGCUCAGUUACACUUAGUCACCAAUGUCAUAUCGUUUGGCACAGUGUCCAUGGGCCACACUGUCGUCAAGACUGCCCAUUUGAAGAAUGUCUCCCUGUGCCCGGCAAGCUGGUCUCUAGAAAAGACAAGUUGCUGUCAGGAUUGUUUUGUGGUGGUGUCACCUCAUGCCGGUCUUAUUCAAGCUAAGCAUGCUGAUGAUCUUUUAUCAAGCGUUCUCAUCUCCGUCAUGUUCACUCCUAAAGAGGAGAAAGCAUACAAAGGAUCCAUUCGAAUUCAAGUGCGACUAUCAAACAACCCCACUGUGAAUUUAUCGUUUACCGGCCGUGGUGUACUGGACCAAGGACAAGCAGACAAGUCAGAAAUCUGAGGAAUUCAAGUGAUUCUCGUGUACGUUCGUCCAGAACGUUAGUCACCACCUCAAGUGACAGCAACAGCAGUACUGGUGUAUCUGUUGCAAUAUGAAGCUUGAGUAAAAAUUAAUUUUGAGAUUGUCAAGUGUUAUAAUUAUAUCGUAAACCAACGUACUGCAAGUCAAAUCAAUAUACAUAACACAAUGGCUGAUGCUACUUUUACAAGAAUAGAAAAUUUCCUGUCUCCAAGAAAGUUUUAGAAUUAUAUCUUUUUAUUUUUUAUUAUUCGCUAGCUGUCAAGAGAUUGAGUUUCUGUUAUCAAACUCGGAUGGUGAGCCAGCUAAGGAGCUUGUGCCUUAGGCCCAUGCUCUGUGAGUACAGCUUCAUUCAGCUGCAUUACUUCAAACUA